UGGCAGGGGACCCCAGCAACACAGACCAGGUCCUCCAGUUGGGCUGCCAGCUUUAGCAGCCCUCUUUGCUAUCAGCCGGAAGGGAAGAGUCCAAACCAAGGAUGUUCAGACGGGUUUUUAAGCACAAGGAGCUGGGAGCAACAAGCUGCAGCCUCUAACCAUCACUCAGCACUCACCAGGGGGUUAAAAUGCUGAUCACUGUAACACCACCUUAUGAACCAGCAUCCCUCCAUCCACAAAUUCCACCCCCUGCCAUACUUCCGAAACCUGGAAAGGACAAUCUUAAGCUCCAGAAACUCUUGAAGAAAGUUGCAAAGAAGAAUGCACCACUAGCCUCCCAGCAAGCCAAAUCGUUCCAGUCCAACCUCUCCCCAGUGAGCGAGGCCAGCCCAGACCUAGAGCACAACGAGUGCUCAUCUCCGCUGAAGACCCCAGAAACGUCAACGCACAUCACCAUCCGUCUCCCUCCCCGGUUCUCCAUCAAGCCAGUCAUCCACCACGUCUCAUCUCCUUUCCCGAAGGCCAAGACAUUCACACUCAAAGUAACCGAGCAGAGGAGAAUCUCUGAACACCUCAAGCUCUCAGUCUCUCCAGCAGCAUCACCUGUGCACGGGAAGUCCCCAUGGAAACCAAAAGGAAUGACAAAACCAGACACACCCACCCAGCUGCCCUCUCCACAGGCACAUUCUAUAUUCAUUUUCCCUGACCCUCCUGUUUCCAUCUCACCUGUCAUAGAAGCCCCAGUGGAGGUUACUCAUGUUACCAAAGUGCAUGCACGUGUCCAUAGUGUGCAGGCACCCAGAGCGAAGACCCUUUUACCAGACCAGUUGUCUACAGCCCUCAGCAGUGAGGACAGGCAGCCAUUGGCAGCCAAUACAGACAAAAGCCAUUCAGAGACACCUCCAUGGCUGGCACCAGUCAUUCUCAAUGGUGAUGAGACUGGAGCUGCUACUCCCAAAUCAAAGGACCCCAUGCUUCCCACCACGACAGCAAGGCCCCCCUACAAAACCCUUAAGUCUUCAACUCCCAGAGAGCCUGUUGGGACUGCUUUCCCCAGUCCUCGGAUGCUGGAUCCUCAAUUCAGUAGACCAGAAACCCCAGGAAGUGACAGAGCAAGAUCCAGAACAGAGUGGGUUCCUGAACUUCCUGAGCCACACAGCAAAAGCCUAAGGCCAAUGACUCCCCAUACAGCUCAGAAGCAAGAGGCCACAGUGCCAGCUGACAAUACAAAGGCUUUCCCCACAGAAGCCAAGGAAGAGCUGGUCAUUCAACCACAGCCAACAGCUACCAUUCCCAGUACCAGUCCUUUCCCCAAAGCUGAGUUUCCACCACUAUCUGUGGAUAAGGCCAGACCUCUUACAGCCAAGCUUAGUGGAUGGUCUCGCCUCAAGAAGCACUUAACAGUGGAACCAGAGGGGUGCCAAUUCCCAGAAACUGAGCAAGCCAAGCCUGAACAGGGGGAAGCAGGAAGUAAAGCAGAAAGCUCUCAAGGUAAUGCCAACCAAGACAACAGGCUGAUUAAAUCAAGGGCCACCAAAAUGUGGGAUGCCAUUUUAUAUCAGAUGACAGCCCUCAAGAGGAGAAAGCAGCAAGAGGAAGAAAAAGGGAUAAGGAAAGAGGAGGGAUUCUCAUUCCAGUGCCGCUUGCCCCUUCUCCACAGGCCAUGUUUUGAUGCCCGGAAACUGAAGGAGCUAGCUUCCAAACCAAUGACAAAGAUCACCACCAUGUUAGAAUCAAGUCUGCUCCGCCGCAAGACACCUGAGGAGACCAAGAAUUUUAACAGGACUGCAUCAGGGUGGCAGUUCAAGUGAAGCCAGCUGGAUUCCACCUCAGCAACAAGUUCUCUCAGGCCUCCUCCAAGGUGCUGCCUGAGUUCUGAGCAGGAAAGUGCGUUUUAUAGCCAGAUUUUCAUGCAGCAUGGAGGCCAAAUGUGAGAAAAAUAUAAAUAAAAUCUUUCACAGACAGCAACUUUAUGCUGAGGGCUGUAGAGGGUAUUAUGACUGUACACUACAUAUCUGUAGUGCAUAUAUCUAUAGUGCAUGCACACACCUCCAGAGUGGCUUGAGGAUCCAAGAAGAACAACUCUAUAUCUAUUUGCAGCUUCAUUUAAAAUAUUCCAAUUGGAGAUCAGGCUACAAAACCAAACAAGGGACCCAGGAAAAGAAGUGACCUGUAGAAAACCUCCAAUGUAAAAGGCACCUUGUUUUUCAUUCAGUAAAUCAAUGGAAUUUUAAGUGAAUCCCAAACAGUGCAAGCCCAGAAACAGGACAGGUUGUGGCAAAAUGUAUGUUGGUCCACAUUGCCCCAUCUAAUAUUCUGCCUCCUAGGCUGCACGAUCCAGUUUAAGACUGAAAGAAGGGUUCAGUUUCUAAGCCACUGAGUUCUUUGUUGGAACCCUCAGCAGUAGUUUCCAUUUCUGGUCACUCAGAACUAAACUAAGAUGAAUUCCCUUGCAUAGAACAAGGGUGACAGGUUGUGGUAUAUUUCAUGCUACUCUGAAACCACACUUUACUCAGCCCAGAAAACAGAAUGUCUCAUUAGUUUUAGGUUUUAUAAUUAAUUUGAUCUCCCUAAAAGGUAAAUUUGAGGCUGCAGGAGUUGGAGGGGGAGAGAAGAGAGAGCUUUUUGUUUUGUAAUGAUCAGAGUUUUUCCAUUCUUAAAUGCUUUCAAGUGCAGUUAUUGGCCAGGGAUUUUCAGAAUGAUUAGGAUUUUAUUUGCUUCAGCUUUUGAGGUGCCCAACUUGACAUACCUUAAUAGGGUCUGAGUUUCAGAGUGGGCAAUCAGCAAUUUCUGAAAAAAAAUCAGGUCCCUUUAAGGUCUCUCAGAUGGGGCACUCAAAGUGACUAGUAACUCUUGGCCGUGGCACGUGGGCCAAAACAACAGGGAUUUCAGAGAGAUUCAAAAGCAUCUUUUCUUGCACAGACCAAAACAUUUGCUAUAAAUGGCAGCAUUUAUAUGGAACUAUUUUACUGGAUUCGAGUGGGGAGCACUGGCCUGAAUCUAAAGAUUUCCAAGCUACAGCAGCCCCCACUGUCCUAGCUAUAGUUGAGAGAGUCUCAGUAGUUCCUCUCACUGCCAUUUUCAGGCACAUCACGAGGAAUCUCACAUUGCACCCUUCAUGGAGUUCUCAUGUGGCUUAGAUAUUUUUCACCAGAGCAGAUCAUCCUGGACAUUGAUAGAGAUUACGAGACUAUCCAGAGUCACAGUAAACAAAACAAAGAUCUCAAAGCAAUAUAAACCUUCAGGUUAUGAACCAGCCUCUAAGCUACUAGCUGGUAGAAGAAAAUUAUCCCUAGGGACAUGUUAUCCUAUAGCUGCCUACUGCAGGGUUUCUUGCACCUUCCUCUCAUUCAGCCGGAGCUGGCCUUUGUCAGAGACCAGAUACUGCACUGAAUGGACCCUGAUCUAACUCUGAAUUCCUGGCUACUGAAUAGCAUCCUCUGAAGCAUCUGAUGUUAGCCACUGUUAGAAUGGCAGAUUAGGAGAAAGAUUAAUCUGUUCGAAUGUGGCAGCUCCAGUGUUCCCUUAUCAGUCUGCCUGAAGGGGCUAAGCGGGCAGUUGAUAGAAAGGGCACAUUAUAGUGACCACCUCAUACAGAACAGAACAUUGUUGGUCAUCUUAUUAGUCACCCAGGGAAGACUAUGGCAACCAACUGUUCCUUGGCCUCACUUCUAACUUGAGACAGAUAGUUAGCAACGAAGAACUAGUUUUAGCCGCACUCGAUCCCCUGCCACCCAUGUGUCAGUAACAUUUGUUGGGCUAAAACCUCCACAAGCUGCAUCCCCCAUUCUAUGCUGCAGCACUGGCAUGCACUCACCCUCUGAGCUCUCUCUCUGGAGCCUUCAGUCUUCUCUCAAACUGAUCAAAGCCCCAGUGCAAUGCACUAGGGAUGUCUUGGCAGAAGUAUGGCCAAAGCAUGCCUUGCCAAGGCCUUACGAUUGGGUUUUUUUUUUUCUUCAAACCCAUCAGUUUUCAAGCACUGUAGGAAACACUGACAAAUCCAAGAUGGAGGCUCCUCCACACUUUCCAUGGCUUUCUGACAUUGUAUUGCAUUUAUUUUUGAUCGCUGCUCAGGUUGAACACAUGGGGUUUUGUUUGUUUGUUUGUUUUGGGGGGGUUGUAAAUAUUAAGCAGCAUUAUAUUGAGAUCUGGUUUUUCUGGCUAUUUUUGGGGUGGGCUGGUUUUGUGGGUUGUUAGUUUUGUUUUUAAUGUUCACAGUUGUUUGCAUCUCCAUAGUCACCAGGCUUAGGGAGUGAGCUCACACAGGGUAAGCAUGAAGCUAUUUCCACUUCCCUAGUGAGGUUACCAUAAGAGGGAAUAUUUCUGCUUUAGCUAAUAUAGGACUGGUAUGUUUCACCCCAAAGGGAAAUUUGAUACCACCUUCUACCUUCUGCGCCUAUGCACAGGCUAGAGAGCUGGCUGGAAUUUCUCAUUCGAAAUGGACAGCCUUAAAAAAAAAA